AAAGAUGGAGGACGUCGUGCGGGUUUAACCUGCUGCAGCUAGACCCUCCUCGAUUGAACGGAUAAUUUGAGGGCUCAAAUCACUGUCAUAUUGUGACGUACAGACUGGACUUUAUUAAUUUAGGACGUGAACAUGGCUUUAAAUGAAAUAAGCCGCAGUGUUCGGCUGUUGUUCGGUCCAUUUCAACGAUGCCGUCCUGUUGUGGCACCAAGAAGACCGACAGCAGUUCCAGCUCGGUGUACGAGUCAGACAGCGACUCAGCCGGAACCCACCGUGGAGGAAAACGAAGCCGUCAGUCCGACCUUUGUGAACAGAAACCCACGGAACCUGGAGCAGUUGGCUCUGGCUGUGAAGGACCGGGGCUGGAAGACUUCAUGGCCUCACCGGGAGUUCUACCACAGGUUGAUGUUCUCCCGCAGCCAAAGCCACGUCACGGCUGAGGUGUUCUCCUGCACCUCUCCUGUUCCCGUAAUCUCGUGUUCAACCAAAGAGUGGGCGGUGAAAAGGGAACUGUCUUCCACAAAGUCUGUGGCGGCGUGUCAGGCUGUGGGGGAGGUGCUGGCGCUUCGAUGCCAGCAGGCGGGCAUCACCAGGAUGGUGUACCACGAGAUACCCUGGACAUACCGCUCUGAUGCUGUUCAGGCUUUCAGAAAGGCUGUAAAAGAUGGAGGAAUCCUUCUCAGUGAACCCAGGAGGAAAUAUUUGGAGUCUUGAACCUGUGCUCCAUGUCCUCUCCCAUGUUUAUCCUUUAAUUCUCGACAGAUAUUUUACAUUACAAAGACUUCAGUAAGUGGUGAUGUCAUGCAGUUUGUUUCUUAUAAAUAAAAGUGUUUCUGAACUGAA